AGGGAAAGGUUUAGUAUAACCUAGAGUCUUUAGUGGAAACAACGUGUGCUACCAAAAUGAAGUUCCUGGGACUAACUCUUUUAAUUAUUGGCUUUGCCGGCUGUCAGAGCGCAGAAGUGGCACAGGCUCUGGAAGCACAGAGCCGUUCUAUCUCCAGCAUGAUUGUGGACACACUGGAGGCCAUGAAAAUUCAAAUGGAGGAGGGCUGGCCACAAUAUGGCAUACCUCCAAUGGCCCCACUUGUCCUCAAUCACAAGGAACUCAAUUUCGAUAGUGCCAAUGGAGAAUUCGACAACAUUGUGAUUCAGGGCUUGAACGAGUUCGAGAUUGUUAGCCUGAAGACCAGUCCACUGCUGAGUCGCAUGACUUUCGAGUUUAACUUCGCCAGCCUAAAUGUGACGACCAACUACAAGGCCGAUAUAGGCAGCAGUUCUCGCAUGCAGCGCAAUGGUGGAGCGUUUUUGGCUCUCGAGGAUUUAAAUAUUGACGGGCAAAUCAAGUAUUCGCUGGGCGUUAUUUCCGGUAAUGUCAAAAUUAAGGACAUUAAGAUUCUCAUCAAGGUUGGUAACGUGGUUUCCAAUAUUGAGAAUCUGUCCAAAUAUCGCAUAUUGAAUCGCAAAUUGAACGAAGUUGUUGAGGAGUUCAUCACCCUAACCAUCAAUGACAAUACCGACUUUGUGGCGGAAUGGAUUGAUACCACUGCGACCCCAGUGAUGAACGAUUUGAUUGGUGACAAAUCUCUGGCCGAUAUAUUAGGCAUAAUCAACGGCGGCGGAAGUGGAGGUAGCAGCAAUAACGCCUGAGUUCACUCGAUUGUAAUAAAAAAUGGUAUAUAUAUUUAAAUAUAGCAGCUUAUCGCGCUGAAAUUUAUUGCAUGUUUUAUAAGCACCACCAACGAUAGUCCAUAAUGCAAAUACA